CCCUGCUCUCCGCAUUGCAGAGCGUGGAACAGGGGAUCUAGAUGGAGAUUCUUGGGGGGAGGGGUCUAGAAUGUGGUUCCACAGUUAAUGGGUGAUGGAAUUUGCACAACAGCUGGGCAAAGGUGAAAGGGCCUGUCCUGCCCCAAAUCCCUCACCCCUUCGCUCCGCUUCACUGACACCUCUACCCCCUCCUCACACCAGGCAGCUAACUUCAUCCAAACUCUGACCUCUUACACUCUCUACUUAACUCUGGCCCAGGACAGCCAAGACAAGAAGAGAGCAGGGCUGCAUGAGCCGAUCACCCCACCAUCCCAUCCAACUCCGAUCCAUGGACCUGCAGGAUGCCCUGGCUCCUCUGCCAUUGUCGUCGUCACCACUGCCACCACCGCUGCCGCCACCACAAUCUGCUGUCCAAAAUCCCUCCUCUCACCUUUGGGCUUCUCAGUGUGGGCCUCCUCCCUGGGGCCUCAGCUGUCUUCUGGCUCUGCAGCAUAUCUUGGUCCUGGCUUCUCUGCUCUGUGCCUCCCACCUGCUCCUGCUUCAAGGACUCCCGCCAGGAGAGCUCUCUUCCUCCCCUGCCCAGCUCUUGGCCUCCAGCUUCUUUUCCUGUGGUGUGUCCACCAUCCUGCAAAUUUGGAUCGGCAGCAGGCUGCCUCUUGUCCAGGCUCCAUCCUUAGAGUUCCUUGUCCCUGCUCUGGUGCUGACCCAGAAGUUACCUCUGGCCAUCCAGACCCCUGGAAACUCCUCCCUUGUGCUGCGCCGGUGUGGGGGGCCUGGCUGCCCUGGCCUGGCGCUCUGGAACACUUCUCUCCGAGAGGUGUCCGGGGCUGUGGUGGUAUCUGGGCUGCUGCAGGGCACGCUGGGGCUGUUGGGGGGUCCUGGCCACUUGUUCCCCCACUGUGGGCCCCUGGUGCUGGCCCCCAGCCUGGUGGUGGCAGGGUUCUCUGCCCACAGGGAGGUGGCCCUCUUCUGCUCUACUCACUGGGGCCUGGCCUUGCUGCUUAUCCUGCUCGUGGUGGUCUGUUCUCAGCACCUGGGCUCCUGCCAGGUACCCCCGUGCCCCUGGCGGCCAGCUUCAAACUCUUCACCCCACACUCCCAUUCCUGUCUUCCGGCUCUUCUCGGUACUGGUGCCGGUGGCCUGUGUGUGGAUCAUCUCUGCGCUUCUGGGGCUGCGCCUCAUCCCUCUAGAGCUGGCUGCAUCCCCCAAGGCACCAUGGGUCUGGCUGCCUCACCCAGCUGAGUGGACCUGGCCCUUGCUGACACCCAGGGCUCUGGCUGCAGGCAUCUCCAUGGCUUUGGCAGCCUCCACCAGCUCCCUGGGCUGCUAUGCCCUGUGUGGCCGGCUGUUGCAAUUGCCUUCGCCCCCUCCACAUGCGUGCAGCCGAGGGCUGAGCCUGGAGGGUCUGGGCAGUGUGCUGGCCGGGAUGUUGGGGAGCCCAAUGGGCACUGCAUCCAGCUUCCCCAACGUGGGCACAGUGAGUCUUAUCCAGGCGGGAUCUCGGAGAGUGGCACACUUGGCGGGGCUGCUGUGCGUGGGGCUUGGGCUCUCCCCGAGGCUGGCCCAGCUCCUCACCGCCAUCCCGCUGCCUGUGCUUGGUGGGGUACUUGGGGUGACCCAGGCCGUGGUUCUGUCUACUGGAUUCUCCAGCUUCCACCUGGCUGACAUUGACUCUGGGCGGAAUGUCUUCAUUGUUGGCUUCUCCAUCUUCAUGGCCCUGCUGCUGCCAAGAUGGCUUCGAGAAGCCCCGGUCCUGAUGAGCACAGGCUGGAGCCCCUUGGAUGUGUUACUGCGCUCGCUGCUCACAGAGCCCAUCUUCCUGGCAGGACUCUUGGGCUUCCUCUUAGAGAACACCAUUCCCGGUACAAGGCUUGAGCGAGGCCUAGGUCAAGGGAUGCCAUCUCCUUUUGCUGCCCCAAAGGCUCAGAUGCCUGAGAAGUCCAGGGAGAAGGGUGCCAAAGAGUACGAGCUUCCUUUCCCCAUCCAAAAGUUGCAUCCCUGCAUCCCCCAGCCCCUCCGUUGCCUCUGCCCGCUGCCUGAAGACCCUGGGAAUGAGGAAGGAGGGCCCUCUGAGCCAGGAGAGACAGCCGACUUGUUGCCUGGCUUUGGGGAGCAGUGUCCUGAGUCUAGCAGAGAACUUGGGUCCCAGUGAUUACCAGGACUCCUAUUCCUGCCCUGGUUAGUUUAGCCCUAACUCCCAGCUUGCUGGAGACUCAGCUCCCAGGUUCUAAUUUCUCCUAGAAAGAGGUGUAGAGGUGUGUGUGUGUGUAUGUGUGUGAGAAAUGGGCCCAUCUAAAGCUCAUUUCUCGAUAGGUGUGUUGCCUUUCCUUCUUUUAAUUAGGCCUAACUUCAGGCGGGGGCCAUGGUUUAGUGGGCCAGGAAUGAACGAAUGAGAUUCUGCAUGUGAACUAUCUAUAGUCGAACCCCAGCAUUCACUUAAGAAAUAUUUAUUGAAGGCCUCCCAUGGGACGCCCAGGUGGCUUGGGGGUUGAGCACCUGCCUUCAGCCCAGGGUGUGAUCCUGGAGUCCAGGGAUCGAGCCCCACAUGGGGCUUCCUGCAGGGAGCCUGCUUCUCCCUCUGCCUGUGUCUCUGCCUCUCUCUCUCUCUCUCUCUGUGUCUCUCAUGAAUAAAUAAAAUCUUAAAAAAAAAAGGAAAAAGAAAAAGAAAAAAGGUCUUCCAUGUGCAAGGUCCUGGAAUUACAGAUAUGGAUAAAACACAGUCCCUGCCUUCUUUAAGGUACUUACCAUUUAAAAAGACUUAUGUAAUCACUAACUAAAAUUUAAGGCAAAAGGCAGUCUAUAAUAAACAUUAAAACAAUGCUA